AACGAAGAAUCUGGUUCAGCAGUUGUUGGCUGUUGGAGUACUCCACAAGAUGAAGACCAUGGUGACGCCAUUGAUGAGGAUCUCCCCAUCUUUUCGCCAAAAUGCCCAUAAAGCCCUUCCCUUCUCUCCAACACGUCACUCUUCUUCACCAAACUCCUUCACCUUCAUCUCCGCCAUUCCCACUCUUUCCAUUUCCAUGGCCGCUUCUUCCCAAUCCACCGCUCCGGCUGUGCCCUCUGGUGAUGUUGGCAUGAAAAAAGAUGAAGUUUUUCAAUUAAUUCAAGCGCAUCAGGAAAAAGCUGCUAGACUUCCACCGGUUGAACAAGUUCGAACUGUCCUUGAUCAUAGCCUACGCGGGGUGCUCUCAACAUUCUCUAAGAAGUACGAGGGUUAUCCAUCAGGGUCUAUGGUUGACUUCGCAUGUGAUGCAAAUGGAUGCCCAAUAUUAGCAGUGAGCGAUUUGGCAGUUCAUACCAAGGACUUAACUGCUAAUCCUAAAUGUUCAUUGCUUGUGGCUAGAGAUCCUGAAGAUAGGACUGAUUUAGUGAUAACUUUACAUGGUGAUGCUGUCUCUGUACCUGAAAAAGAUAAAGAAGCCGUUCGAGCUGCAUAUUUAGCAAGACAUCCCAAUGCAUUUUGGGUUGACUUUGGAGACUUCCAAUUUGUUCGCAUUAAACCAAAGACUGUACGAUUUGUGUCAGGUGUUGCCACAGCUUUAUUAGGAUCAGGAGAGUUUGAUGGAGAUGAGUAUAAAUCUGCAAAAGUUGAUCCAGUCGCUCAGUUUUCCAAGCCAGUGGCGUCUCAUAUGAACAAAGACCAUGGUGAAGAUACAAAAGUGAUUGUGCAGCACUGGACCUCAGUUCCGGUGGACUUUGCUGACAUACUAGAUUUGGAUUGUCUUGGUUUCAAUGUUAAGGCUGGUUAUCAAGGAGAUACUUUCAAGCUCCGUGUACCUUUCCCUCGACGUGCAGAAGAUAGAAAGGAUGUUAAGACUCUCAUUGUUGAGAUGCUCCAAGCUGCCAGGCCUCAAGGUGAUUGAUUAUUCCAGUGAUCAAAGAUGAUAGCGCGCUCCACAAGUCAUCCUUUGGAAGAGGACUAAAUGUGUACCUAAAAAAGUAGGAAAGUAAAUUUAGUUAUAUUUUGCAAAGAUAAAGAUGACAAGUCAUAUGGUUGACUUUGUAUACUUUUUUUACAUUGGGAAUUUUCGUGGGGUGAAAACACUUGAAAAUUCAGACACAUGUGGUGUAGUAGCCUCUCAAAAUUACAAGUGGUGUAGUAGCCUCUCAAAGACACAUGUGGUUGACAUUGUACAUAAAUGAUUACUAGAUCUUUCUGUGAGUUGUACUCUAUUUGAGAGUUGAAACAGUUUAUGAAUAAUCCUUAUAUAAACAACAUUUUAAUUUUUUAA